AUUUUUUCUUUAAACAUUUAGGACGCUUGUUGAAGUGUAAGCUGGUGCGUGAUGACCCAAGGCUGAAGAAGUCACCUUUUCUGAAAGUGGCAGUGUUAGUAGCUGUAUGCUGGCCAUAUACAGCUCCACCAACAAAGAAAGCGUAUCAAAGUACUUUACCUGAUCCCCAAGAUGAAUCUGGCCUCUGCUAGAAUACUCUCUUGUUGCACGUUCAUCCCCAGAGCCACACAUCAGUCUUGCAGACACGGUUUCCAUAGCCAAUGGAAUAAUUGCUUUAGUAAAUAUCAAAACAGUACAAAGACUUCCUUCUUGGACAGAAGGGCAAAACGUUUACUCAGCUUUGGGGCACUGAGCAAGAAUCAAAGGUACUGGAAGCCUGCUGCGUCCCACAGUCCUCAUCAGAAGGCGCAGGUACAUGAACAGAGAAGAACGCUCAGUUUAUCCGCAGCUGGCAUAGUUGGAUCAAUGCCAAAAAACAUUCAGCCUUACCUGAAACUUAUGAGAUUGGAUAAACCAAUUGGUACCUGGCUUUUGUACUUGCCCUGCACCUGGAGUAUAGCUUUGGCAGCAGACCCGGGUUGCCUCCCAGACAUCUAUAUGCUGGCCCUUUUUGGCACUGGAGCGGUUUUGAUGCGGGGCGCUGGCUGCACCAUUAAUGAUAUGUGGGACCGAGACUUUGAUAGGAGGGUAGAACGAACAGCUAGUCGCCCCAUUGCCGCAGGGGAUAUAACCCGUUUCCAGUCCUUGGUUUUUCUCGGAGGACAGCUUAGCUUGGCCCUUUGUGUGCUUUUGUGUCUUAAUAAUUACAGUAUUGCAUUAGGAGCAGCUUCGUUGUCCCUGGUGGUAACCUAUCCCUUAAUGAAGAGGAUAACCUAUUGGCCGCAACUUGUUCUAGGAUUAACAUUCAACUGGGGUGCAUUGCUAGGGUGGUCUGCAGUGAAAGGCGCAUGUGAUUGGACAGUGUGUCUUCCAUUAUAUGUCUCUGGCGUUAUGUGGACACUGAUAUACGACACGAUCUACGCACAUCAGGACAAAAAGGAUGACGUGAUUGUCGGGGUGAAAUCAACAGCUCUGCGGUUCAACGAACAGACGAAGCAGUGGUUGAGCGGUUUCAGUGGGGCGAUGCUAACAGGACUGACACUAACAGGACUAAGCUGUGACCAGACCUUGCCCUACUACACUGCUGUCGCCCUUAUCGGGGCUCAUCUUGCUCAUCAGAUAUAUACCCUGGACAUAAACAAUGCCGAAGAUUGCUGGAAAAAGUUCAGUGCGAAUCGGACUGUGGGCUUUUUGCUCUUCUUGGGGAUUGUGCUUGGAAACUUGUGGAAAAGAAAAGAUGCAGGUGAAACCGAAGAAAGCUCGUGAUAAAACUGAGUCCUAUGCGGAAUUUUGUAGAGAGAAUAACUAUUUAACUCAAAUUGUACUCAGCAAAUGUCCACCGUAUCAUCAGGACAUGAAAUUAACGAAAACUUCGGGAAAGGAGUGAAAGGCAACACACCGCAGUUGCUGUUGCACAGUCACUUUUAAAGGCUAAAUUAUAUGGUUAUGUAUAUAUGAUUACAUUGAUCUGUACUGUAUUUAGUAAUUUACUGGUAACAAUCAUCUGUGCCAAAUUUUAAAGUUCAAAUCAUCAACCCUAUAGAGAAAAAUAAAGAUAUGGCUCGUAUAA